AUGACCCAUUUACUCGAAACAAAUUUCAAGAGGUUAUGCACUCUUUACAAACAACACGAGUCCACGGUCGAGGACCUGCAUCGUGCACUAGUGGUGGAACAUGUGCCGGACAUUCAAAAAGAAUUUGAUUUGGACUUUAUACAAGUUGAGCGUGUUAGGCAAUACUGUGGGGAUAAAGCGACACUCUUUCGCUUCCUUCGAAAAUCAUCCUUCGAUUUCGACUCUGCCCUAAACUCACUAAUUGCCAACAUUCGCUGGCGCAUUGAAAACAAUAUCGACAGUUUCAUGCUUGCCGAUAUUCAUCCAUACUACCUGCGGAACGGGCUCUUUUUUUUCCACGACAAAACGGAUAAAUUUGGGCGACCUUACGCUGAUGAGGACUUACCGCCAACAGCUGAAGAAACAAAACGUUACUUUAUUUUUUGCGCAGAGGUCGCGAGGAAGUUGAUGUGGGAUAUGACGAAACAGGCAAAAGAGUUUCCCGUGCUGCAGUAUUCGGUGUUGUUGGAUCUGAAGGGAGCUGGUGUUAGUAAUUUGAACAUUGAAUUAGGACAGUUUAUGAUGGAUAUUGCUCGACAUCACUACCCUAGCUCAAUUGCUGUCACAUACGUUCUGAACUACGGAUGGAUGUACUCUGGCGUGUGGCAAAUCGCCAAACGUGUACUACCCGGAGAAUCGUUAGGUCGUAUCAUUUUCUUGAGCAAAUACCAAGAGUUAUAUCAAUAUAUUGAUAAGGAGAACGUGUUAAUAGAACAUGGCGGAGACGACGAGUACGUAUAUGACCUUGACACAUGCCACGUAUUUCAGAAAUACGCACGGCCACAACCAAUACUGAAAAUGCCAGCACCAUUCAGUCGAGCGCCUUCGGUCGAAUCGUUACAUGAGAUGUUUUAUUCGGCGCCAUCGACGCCGUAUCAGAGUCGACCAGGCACACCACGGUUCAAUAGUCGUACAACACCGUUCAGUAGUCGACCACCUUCGCCGGUUACUAUUCCGUCGUGGUUGAAGAUGACACCGUCGUCGACUACUAAUCCUGGACGGUCUUUCUCUACAUUGACUUCUGUUUCCAAUAAUAUAGAUAAUAAUAUAAGCAAAUCAACAUCAACACCGACAAUCCUUUCUCCACAACCCAUAAAGCUACUAUCAUCUCCACACAUACAUCUUACAUCUCCUAUUCUAUCAGCACUAAACUUCACUUCGAUAAUCGAGGACAACACAUCAUCUUCUUCCGCAUCAGAUGACCAAUCCUCUCAGGACUCAUCUCCAAACGAGAUUGAUGACCAAAAUAUCGAUAAUUUAUUCGAAGAUAAUCUUCAUCAAGUUUCAAAACACGAUGACAUCAGUCAUAAAGAAACAAACAAUACUAAUAACACCAAAGAUGACCGAAAACUCGUGCAUGGAUCAUCAUCAUCUUUACUCUUUUCAUAUCACAAUCUACUUCGACUACGACAAACAUUCAAAUACUAUUUCACUAAAAUGUUCCGAAAGUUUCUUAAACGGCGAGCAUCUAAAGCUGUGUACUGGCUGAUUAUAAUGGUGGUGUUACGCGGGGGUCUAGUCAAUGAGAUUUGGAAAGUGGUUAUGCAGCAGACGAUAAUGCAACUUGAGUGGCAAGCUAGCACUACGACUAUGCUUACUACCGCGGCAUUGUCGACGGCGUUGAGUGGUAGAUCUUCGGUGGCGGGAAAUCGAUUACUGAUUGGUUAG